AGAAGCUCAUCCUGAAACACAUCAUGUGGACCCUGGUUGUGGUUUUCGUCCUUGCGACAGCUGGAUGCUGCGCAAAGACAUAUACAAAUCCAGAAGGAGGCCUGUUGGUUCAGUUCUGUGAAGAUAAAGAAGCUGUGUCUCGGAUGAAAAGCACCUACGUUGGCAGCGAUCGCAUUUGGAGCAUUGACUGCAAACCGUUCAUAGCUCUGACCACAGACUGCUCCUGGUCCGGGUUCAUCAAUGUAUUUGAGAACGAACUCAACUUCAACUGCAAGGCCAAUCACGUGAUCACCGGCGUCUACAGCAUCUACAGCUCUGAGCACGAGGACAGACAAUGGAACUUCCUCUGCUGCUCUGUGGAUAAACUCAUCACAUUUGAUUGCCGGGAAACUCCGAAGCUCAACUACUACACCGAAGACUUUGAUUGGCAUGUCCCCGGAGACAACUACCUGACAGGCGCCCGCACCUACGGGAACAAUAACAAUAGGGAUCAUCGCUGGAGUUUCAACUACUGCAGAGCGAUGACACUAGACACCCAGGCAGUCAGUUCACAAAUCCUCGCUGCAAACAGUCCGAUCCUAACACAUCUGACUGAAGGAGACGUUGUUGUCCCGGCAACGAAGAGCGCUAGAGACUGCACCAACUGCCGAUGGACGAAGUCAGGUAAGCUGGUUGAAGUGGCGUACACCGUGAGUGACUCCUUCAGCAGCUCCAACAAGGCCACCAUUCAAAAUGCCAUCGACGGCUUCCACCUGAGCACCUGCGUUCGCUUGGUUCCUCUUAACGGUCACGCCAACUACGUCAACAUCGUGAAGGAAGGAGGAUGUUGGUCGUAUGUGGGAAGAAACGGAGGGGCUCAGAAAUUAUCUCUGGGCGCUGGCUGCCUCAGCAACGGCAUCAUUCAGCAUGAGCUCCUCCACGUCCUCGGCUUCUGGCACGAGCAAAGCAGAACCGACAGGGACAUUUACGUCCAGAUCCACAAAGACAACAUCCAGGACAAUCAACUGCGAAACUUCGACAAACUGGACUCAAACAACCUGAAUGUUCCAUAUGACUACUCCUCUGUCAUGCAUUACGGCCCCACCGACUUCUCUAAGAACGGACUGAACACCAUCUCCGCCUUCUCAGCCACGGCCACGAUGGGCCAGAGGAUCGGCAUGUCGGAAAAUGACAUUCUGAAAAUCAACAAGCUUUACGGCUGCACUGAUUACCUCCAUAAGAAAGGAGAAUGGGACAAUGAGUUGGGAGAAACUCUGAGUCGCCACUGUCCUUCUGGUCAGGCUGUGUCCAGCAUCACAAG